UUUUUUUUCCCUAACGAAAACCGGUCGGUCAUUCUCUCGCUCCGACAGUAUUAUUCCCAUCUCCGAAGAUUUUUUUUUGGGGAAAUUAAAAAGAGAGAAGAACUUUCCUUUUUCUUCCCGGACGACUCCGCCUCCGCCUCAGCCCUCCACUUUUCAGGCCAGUCCGGACAACCCAUUUCUCUCAGGUUAUUUGCUGUUAUAUAUUACAAGAUGCCUUCUGCCCAAGAUCCAUUCUAUGUAGUGAAAGAGGAGAUUCAAGAAUCUAUUGAUAAGUUGCGGUCUACUUUUCACCAAUGGGAGCGUAUUCCUUCUGAUGCUGGAGACCAAGUACAUCUCGCAAAGGAACUGCUUGCUGGUUGUGAGAGCAUUGAGUGGCAGGAAGGUGGAUGAAUUGGACAAAGCAAUUGCUGUGGCAGCUAGGGAUCCAUCCUGGUAUGGCAUUGAUGAAGUGGAACUUGAAAAACGAAGAAGAUGGACCAGCACUGCUCGUACGCAGGUGGGCUCCAUGAAGAGAGCAGUAGAAGCUGGGAAGGAAUCAAAUGGGACUGGCACUACUAGUGCGAGUGUAAUGCGUCGAGAACUAAUGAGGAUGCCAGAUUCGCACCCGAAGGAUAGAUCUAACCACUACACUGCUGUAGAUAAUGAUGAUCUCAUAUCAUCAGAAUCUGAUAGACAGCUGCUUCUGAUAAAGCAGCAGGAUGAGGAAUUAGAUGAACUUAGUGCAAGUGUGCAGAGAAUUGGAGGUGUUGGGCUUACCAUACAUGAAGAGCUUCUUGCACAGGAGAAAAUUGUAGAUGAUUUGGGUAUGGAAAUGGACAGUACAUCAAAUCGCCUUGAUUUUGUUCAGAAAAAGGUGGCUAUGGUCAUGAAAAAAGCUGGUGCAAAGGGCCAGUUUAUGAUGAUAUUAUUCUUGGUGGUUCUGUUUAUCAUCUUAUUCGUUCUCGUCUUCUUCACUUAGGCAAUUGAAUGAACAAGUUUGCAAUGUUUGUACAUGGGAGGCUUGGGACGAGCGAUGGGAAUAUCCUUGCGGGUAGAGAGAGAGAGAGAGAGAGAGAGAGGAGGGGAAGGAGGGGACUCUACAGAAUAGGUCGGAUUGAAAUGAUUUGAUUGGUAAUCUGGUUGGUUUUUGGAGUUAAAAAAGACUUGGAACGAAAUGAAGAAUCUGCCUUUUUGUUCGGUGAAA